CAGCGUCGGUGACUGCCUCGGGGGCACUUUGAUUCGAGCAGGGCAGCGCCCCCGGGACCGAGUAACCUUCGCAGGACAACAUAGAAGAACAAAAUGGAAACAACGCUAUUUUGGUUGAUACUUUCCACCCUUGGGUGGACUCUCAUCGAUGGAUCUGAAAUGGAACGGGAUUUUAUGUGGCACUUGAGAAAAAUACCCCGGCUUGUCAGUGAAAGGACCUUCCAUCUCACCAGCCCCACCUUUGAAGCAGACGCUAAGAUGGUGUUAAAUAAAGCGUGUGGCAUCGAAUGCCAGAAAGAACUCCCGGCUCCCAACCUUUCUGACCUGGAAGACUCUCUCUCAUAUGAGACUGUCUUUGAGAACGGCACCCGAACCUUGACCAGAGUGAAAGUUCAAGGUUGGGUCCCUGAGCCACAUGAAAAUCUCACUGCCCAGGGAGCACCUGUGAGGAGAAAGAGACAGGUGUACGGCACUGACAGCAGGUUCAGCAUCUUGGACAAGAGAUUCUUAACAAAUUUCCCUUUCAAUACGGCCGUGAAGCUCUCCACGGGCUGCAGUGGUAUCCUCAUCUCCCCCAACCACGUCCUAACAGCUGCCCAUUGUGUCCACGACGGAAACGACUACAUCAAAGGUAGCAAAAAGCUAAGGGUAGGGUUGUUGAAGAUGAGAAAUAAAGGUAGUGGCAAGAAACAUAGAGGUUCUAGGAGGAACAGGAGGGAAGCAAGGGGUGGUGCUGGAAGAGAGGGUAGCAGAGAGAACCUGACGGAGAGCGCCAAGGCCGGGAGAAGGAGAAAGGAAUCUGCUCGGGGCCAGAGAGCCGCUGACGGGAUGCCCUCCUUCCAGUGGACCCGGGUCAAGAACACCCACAUCCCCAAAGGCUGGGCUAGAGGAGGGAGGGGAGAUGCAGCCUUGGAUUAUGACUACGCCCUUCUGGAGCUGAAGCGUGCUCACAAAAAGAAAUACAUGGAGCUGGGCAUCAGUCCCACCGUCAAGAAGCUGCCCGGCGGAAUGAUCCACUUCUCAGGAUUUGAUCACGACAGGGCAGAUCAGUUAGUCUACCGGUUUUGCAGCGUGUCCGAUGAAUCCAAUGAUCUUCUCUAUCAAUACUGCGAUGCCGAGUCGGGCUCCACUGGCUCUGGGGUCUAUCUGCGUCUGAAAGAUCCGGACAAAAAGAGAUGGAAACGCAAAAUCAUUGCGGUCUAUUCCGGCCACCAGUGGGUGGACAUAAACGGAGUUCAGAAGGACUACAACGUGGCCGUGCGCAUCACGCCCCUCAAGUACGCCCAGAUCUGCCUCUGGAUGCACGGGGAUGAUGCCAGUUGCACCUACGGCUAACGGAUCCCUGAAACGAGGUUGUGGAUGACCUACAUUGCAGAGAAAACUGGUUCUGAUUACUCUAGUAAAGAUCACUUCAUAGGUUUUGCUUGGACUUGAACCCUAUCCAUAGUAUUUCAACAUGUUUAUUUUUUCAAAAUUAGGAGCUUUUCAUACAUUUUUAAAAGGUGUAGGUACGCAUCCUACAAUUAGAUGGACACCUCAAUGCCAAGUAUAUAUUCUCCUUUACGUGGUGAUAAGUUUCAUUGGUGGGAAAAUUUUUGUUUCUUUCUGCCUUGUUAAAGAUUAGACACUCUUUAAAAUUUCAAGCUGGUAUCAUAAAUAAUAUGAUCUCUCAAUGCACUAACUCUCAAGGUCCUACUCUAAGAAGAGGCCAAUAGGGUGCCGGUUGUGUAUUCACUGUGAAACUGCACAUACAGAGGUGGACGACUAGAAUCAAGUUUGAGACAGUUAUAACACAGUUUGUACUACUCCGAGGUAGACCCAUUCAGCUCAUGCCCUCCAUGUUUAUAUUGUGUUUUCCAUUGGGUCUGAGAAACUUUAGGUUUUUUUUUUUUUUGUGGUACGCAGGCCUCUCACUGUUGUGGCC